CACACUAGGAAUAAGCCCAGCUUGUUUUUUUUCUCGGCACGGAGCGCACGGCGGCAGCAGCUGUUAUUCUGAGCUUCGGUUCGCGUCUUUAAUUCGUCCAGCCACGCGCACACGAGCUGGAGGCCCACGCGUCACGCCGGGGAAAUUGUACUCAAAAUACAGCCUCUGCCGAGCAGCCCUUGUGCUAUUGCCAGCACUCGUACGCCGCCGACGCAAGAAACAAACCGCAGCGCCAAACACCAAACGAAGCCAUGACCAUCCUCUACGCGUUGGUAGCUAGACAAAAUGUCGUCCUCGCCGAGUACACGUUCACGAGCGGAAACUUCCCGACGAUCACGCGAGUAUUACUAGGAAAGAUCCCGCCCGAGGACGGGAAGAUGAGUUAUGUGUACGACCAGUACGUCUUCCAUUAUGUGGUAGAGAAACAAUUAACGUUCCUGUGCAUGGCCGACGAGUCAUUUAAAAGAAGGGUGCCCUUCGCGUUUCUGGACGACGUGAAAGAGAGGUGGUUCGCGACCUAUGGUGAUAGAGGUUCUACUGCGAUAGCCUUCGCCAUGAACGAGGACUUCGGGCGGACUUUGAAAAAACAAGUAGAAUUUUAUAAUGGACCGGAGGCGGACCAGUUCGCCACCGUCCACAAAAAAUUGGACGACGUGAAGAGCGUCAUGGUGCAAAAUAUCGAGAUGGUCUUGGAGCGGGGCGAGAAAUUGGAGUUACUUGUUGAUAAGAGCGAACAGCUCCAGUUGGACGCGUUCCGCUUCCAGAAGUCGUCGAAGCAAUUGAGGAACGCCAUGUUCUGGAAGAAGGUCAAGAUCUAUUUGUUGAUCUUCUUUGUGUGCUGCGUCGUGCUCUACGUGUUCCUCGCGGUGCUGUGCGGGCCGGCGCUGAAAUGCGGGGGCGACGACGACGACUGACGGAUGAUGUAAGUACUACUGUGUUUCGUGAUUUGUAGUUGGUUCGGGG